AUGCUCUCUAAGCUCUCCACAGCCUUGCUGGUUGGCGCCGCCCUCGCCGCCCCGGAGGACCUGCACACUCGCCAGAACAACUGCCCCAGUAUCCACGUCUUCGGGGCGCGCGAGACCACAGCCUCUCCGGGCUUCGGCACGGCAGGGACAGUGGUCAACUUGAUCCUGAACGCGCACUCGGGUGCUACCUCCGAGGCGAUCAAUUAUCCGGCCAUCGGGGAUAGCCAGUACAGUUACUCCGUUCAGCAGGGCGUCAAGGCCGUCACCAACCAGGUGACUAGCUUUGUGAACCGGUGCCCGAAUACCAAGGUUGUCUUGGUUGGGUAUUCGCAGGGUGCCCAAAUCAUCGACGACGCCAUGUGCGGCGGCGGCGACCCGAACAUGGGUAUUACCGACACCGCAGCACCCAUCUCCAGCUCCGUUGGAUCCCACGUCAAGGCUAUGAUCUGGAUGGGCAAUCCGCGCCACACCCCCGGGGCGUCCUACAACAAGGGAACCUCGAACUCACCAGGGUUCGAUCCCCGCCCCAGUGGCCAGGUGUGCAGCCAAUAUGCGAGUCUGAUCCAGUCGUACUGUGACCAGGCGGACCCGUACUGCUCGAAUGGCAACGAUGGAAACGUCCACCAGAGCUAUGGCAAUGUGUAUGGCCAGGCUGCGUUGCAGUUUGUGAACAGCAAGUUGAACUAG